AUGAACCUGAACGCUUUGUUCCAGCAAAUACAGUUCACAGAGAAGCAGGCCAGGGAGAAGAGGAACUUCAUCCAACAAGCUAAAUGCGACAUAAAUAGAGGUUAUGAAAAAAUUAACCAAAUGAAAGAAGAGCUGAGCGCUGCAAAAAUUGACUUAGAAACCAAGGUUCAGCAUCUGUCUGUAAAGCUGUUCAAUGUAGAAAUUCUGAAGAAACGUGAAGACUGCUUAGAAAAACAAAAAGCUGAACUUAUUAAUCAAAGAACCAAUCUUCUUAUCAUCAUGGCAGAUGCAAAGAGAAAAAUUAUUGAAGAGGAAGAUAAUUUUACCAGAGAAGUAACAGAGUUUAACAAUGAAUAUGGACUAACAAGUAAUAGAGAUCUUGUUAUUAAGAAGAAAGUCAAGACUGAAAUAAAUGAUUUAGAGAACGAGGCAGCUUUGUUGAAAAAUGAAAUGGAGUCAAUGGAACAUAAAAAUGUUCAGUUAAAUGCACUCCAGCUGCAGAAGAAUGAAUUAAAGCAGAAUUUAUUUACUCUCCAAAGUGAGCUCAAAGACCUUGAGAAAGUAAUCAGGGAGGCUGAAACAACGACGAAAGGUUUAGAAGCAGAAAAAGUUCAAGUCACUGAAAAACCUCAGACUGAUCCUGAAUGUUUAAGACUUAAGAAAGAAUUGGAAAAAUGCAAAGAUGAUAAUUGGGAAAGCCUCUCUGAGACUCUUCAAACAGAAAUUGAAAUUCUGCAAAUGAAUUUAGCACAAAAGAAGUCUUCAGGGAAGUGA